GUAUCCCUCAAAAGGGAGGGUUUACGUUGAAAGUUACAACCGGAAGUGUAGUUUUCGUUGUAGAAAGAGCAGCAGUCAAACGUGUGGCGUCACUGUCGGAAAACACAGGGAUACAAACAAGACUGCAGCCCGUAACAACUGAGCUAAAUCCGGAAAAAAAGGCGGUGAAACGACGCCGGUACAUGCUGCUCGGUCCCCGGCUGCCCGGUGAGAUGGAUGUCCGACAUGGGCUGUAGACUUCUGCGGCGGGACUGAAGGUGAGCCUCUUGGCCCCCGUUUCUCUACAUGCAGCUUGCUAUUCAUUCAUUUCUGCUGCUGGAACAGGUGUAUGCCAACAGCCAAGAAGGACACAUUUGUCCGAGGAUGGGCCCAGUGUCCCAGUGCCUGAGGAGAUGUCUCUGGGUCGGCUCCUGCGGCGUGCCUCCUCCAAGGCCUCCGACCUCCUGACCUUUAACCCUGGGGCAGGGGGCUCAUCCUUGCGCUCGGGCCUGGAUGGCGAGAUCAUCUUCUCCAAAAAUAAUGUUUGUGUGCACCCUGCAGAGCCCCUGCCUGGCCUGGCAGAGCACCACCCAGGCUACCUGUGUGUGCACACGGAGAAGGAUGAGAGCCUGGGCACCACCCUGAUUCUGACCUGGGUGCCCAACUCCCGCAUCCAGAGGCAGGAUGAGGAGGCGUUGCGCUACAUCACGCCAGAGAGCUCCCCUGUACGCAGGAACGCACGCCGUCGAGGCAGACGACCCCACUCCCGUCACCCGGCAGCCCAGGAGGAAGAUGAGGAUGAGGAGAGGAACAUCACCAGCAGCACCUCCGCAGAGAGCCACAGCCUGGUGGUAGAGGCAGGAGCGGAUCCCUCCUCACACCAGCAGCAGCUGCCCUCAGCGGGGGAGGAGGGCGACGAGGGCUCCUGCGAGCUGUCAGACGAAGUGAGUCGGGACAGCACCAUGGGUUCAGACUCGGACACUUUCUCCUCCCCCUUCUGCUUGUCCCCCGUCAGCGAGGCCCUCUGUGAAAGCAGCGGCUCUGUCUUCCUGGACAGUGAAAGCAGGGAGCUGUGCGAGGAGUCCAUGACCCACUCCGCAAGCUCCGCCUCCAGUCUGGACAGCCACGCCCCCUCUGAGAGUAGCGGACAGUCACAGGGCGUGCGGUGGGAGGAGCAGCAGAAGGUGCUGGCUCUGGAGCAGUUGUGUGGCGUUUUCAGGGUGGACCUGGGUCACAUGAGGUCGCUGAGACUCUUCUACAGUGAUGAGGCGUGUACCAGUGGCCAGCUGGUGAUAGCCAGCAGGGAGAGCCAAUAUAAGAUCCUCCACUUCCAUCAUGCUGGCCUGGACAAGCUGGCUGAGGUCUUCCAACAGUGGAAGUGCUGCAGGGAAACUCAGCUUAAAGACCAGGUGUCAGAUGAGAAAUCCUGCAUGCAGUUUUCCAUCCAGAGGCCCACCCUGCCGUCGGCUGAGACCCACCCAGAGGAGAGACUUUAUCGGCGGCUGGAUGUCACCACCUGGCUACGUCACCUCAACCACAGUGGGCAGGUGGAGGAGGAGUAUAAACUACGCAAGGCCAUCUUCUUCGGUGGUAUCGACCCAUCCAUCCGUGGUGAGGUGUGGCCCUUCCUGCUGCACUACUACAGCUGUGACUCCAGCUCCCAGGAGAGAGAGGCCUGGAGACUCCAAAAACGCACGCACUAUCAUGACAUCCAGCAGAGGAGAUUGUCCAUGAGCCCGGAGGAGCACAGUGAGUUCUGGAGAAAGGUCCAGUUCACGGUGGAUAAAGACGUGGUGAGAACAGACCGCAGCAACCACUUCUUCAGAGGAGAGAAUAACCCCAAUGUGGAGAUCAUGAGGCGGAUUCUGCUCAACUAUGCAGUGUUUAAUCCAGACAUGGGCUACUGCCAGGGGAUGUCUGACCUGGUGGCCCCCCUGCUCACUGAGAUCCAGGAUGAAAGCGACACCUUCUGGUGCUUUGUUGGUCUGAUGGAGAACACCAUCUUCAUUAGCUCACCGCGUGAUGAAGACAUGGAGAGGCAGCUGAUGUACCUGCGGGAGCUGCUGCGUCUCAUGCUGCCCCGCUUCCACCAGCACUUGACCAGGCUGGGGGAGGACGGCCUCCAGCUGCUCUUCUGCCAUCGCUGGAUUUUGCUUUGCUUCAAGCGAGAGUUCCCGGACACCGAGGCUCUGCGCAUGUGGGAGGCCUGCUGGGCACAUUACCAGACAGACUACUUUCACCUGUUCCUGUGUGUGGCCAUCAUUGUUCUCUAUGGGGAGGAUGUGACAGAACAGCAGCUUGCCACUGACCAAAUGUUGCUCCACUUCAGCAACCUCUCCAUGCAUAUGAAUGGAGAACUGGUGCUACGCAAGGCCCGCAGCCUUCUCUACCAGUUCCGCCUCCUACCCAGAAUCCCCUGCAGCCUACACGACCUUUGUAAACUGUGUGGCCCGGGGAUGUGGGACAGCCGCUACAUCCCCACUGUGGAGUGUUCUGGUGAACACCCAGACUCACAGAGCUGCCCCUAUGGAGGCACCUCCACCCCCCAGCCCUCCUCACCUUCCCCGUCAUCCACGCCCUCGCCCUCGCCCUCACCAAACCCCACCCCCACACCUCCACUGGUGGGCAAGAAAGGCUCCAAAACCCGGGAUACUUUCACUUUCCGGAAACAGUCCUGAGGUGGAGGCUGGUGGGGAGCUUUGCUGGUCUUGGCUCAUGUUGGUGCAGCAAAGAUUUGGAUCCAUCUGCUGAAUUCCUGAACUAUUUGCUGCCCCCUCUCUCCACAGCCCCUGCUUCUAGUUUCACUAUCUUACUGAGGAUUUUUGUCACUUGAUCCUUUCAUGUGCUGCAAUGUGGAACACUGCCUUACCAGAAUUUUUCUUGCAAUGUUCAGCAUCACAUGAAUCUGCGAUGAGGACGGUUUGCUGCUGGAUGGGCCAGAAGUCAAGAGGCUGCUUUCCUCUUGGAGCAGAAUGGACAAUCACCAGACGCUUUGUUGGUCUGGAGCUUCUGCACGUUCGAGUCUGCUGCUGACUUGGCAUGCUUCCAUGAGCUUUGUGGGCAGGGGUCACAUCAGGGUCUGAGGCAACCGUCCUGAUCCGUGCAGACUCUGACCGAGGGUCAAAUGAAACUGGAGAUUCAUUCACAGGACUUGAACUUGAACUUUUAAAAAUGUUCCCAUGUUCUCACAACAGAACAUUUGUGUGAAUAUCAAAUUACGUGUGCAAAUCUCAAGUCUGAGCAGGACGUUUUUAACAUGAAAUCCAAACCCUUGGUGUUAACAAAGAAGGGUUAACCUACAAAUAGGAAUAUAACAAAUUACUGGUACUUUAAAGUUUUGUUUCAUUUUAUUUUCAAACAAGUGAAUGUUUGCGUUAAUAUCAGCAGUUACAAAUAUUUAGCAAUAUUAUAUCCUUGCAUGAGCGAUUCUUGACGUAUAGAGGGCACAACAUGUUUGUUGGAAAACACUCAAGCCCAAAACAGAGGUAAGAAUGGGUUUACAUGACACUCACAUGAUGAUAGGGCUCCGCAUAUUUCCUCAUCAGAUUGUGGUAAGGGACAUUCUCAUAAUUUUUCUCUGUUAAAAUGGUGUCUCACAACAGGCAGGAGGUGGAAGCUAGGCUCAUGUUACCUUCUGAUAAAGGCAGACGCAGAUGUUCAUUUUACCUGUUGAGCAAUAGGGGCUUAAUCAUUUACACAUUACCAUCAUAAGAUAUAGUUUGAGUUUCCUGUCUGAGGAAUUGGAUGGAUACGGCAGUGCUGUCUGCCAAAGAGAGCAUGGAUCAUGUUUUUUUCCUGACAGAGCUAUUGAUGGUCUUCUGUGAAAAAUUGUCAGCACAAUGUUAUUGUUUUUUUCCCUCCAGCAUUCUCUCCACUUUCACCUUUUUAAAAUGAAUGACAACGCACUAUUAACACUAAGAAUCAGUCCACAUGAAUGUAUCUUUUUUUUUUGUUGCUUUUGUGUGAAUGUGUGUGUGUGUGUGUGUGUGUGUGUGUGUGUAUAAACUGGAGUGACCUCUAAACAUCUAGUAAUGAGUUGGAGAACAGCUUAGAAGCCCCCCCCCCCCUUGACCAGUCUCUUUAAUUAUAGUCAUCAUGGGUAGAACCUGGGAGAGAAAAGAAGAAAGAAAAUCUGGGAUUCUGCAGAAAAAAAUGACAUGAGAGAUGGAGAAGAAAGGGACGAUUUAGGCUUCAUUCAGGGAUAUAUAGUAAUCUGCAUCUUGCUUCUGUCCCAGAUGUAAAGAUGGUCACCACUGUGAAGCUUUUCCCUCAGAGCUUUUGAGUGACACUCCUGGGGGGUGAAAACAUGUUCAAAUUGCUGCUAAAAUGCAACAUUAAGACCUUCAAUCAGCCUUCUUCCCCCACUCUCUCUGUCUCUCUCGUGGUCUCUCACUCUCUCACUCAGCAAGCAGUCUCUGCAAAUGACAUUCAUUCAUCUGCAAUGCUCCUUUUCCUUAUUAGUUAUCAUGUGCCACUGUGCUUGCUGGAAAUGCCCGCAGAGUUUUGAAGAUUGGGUGGCUGCGUUGAAAUGAGCAGAGAUGCACGAUGGGGAAGUAAUCGAACUGUGUGUGUGUGUGUGUGUGUGUGUGUGUGUGCGCGCGCCUCUACGAACUCAUGAAUUUUAUUAAAAUCAAUGAAAUCACAUUGUCUGCACAAGCACUGUAAGUCACGAGCCUAAUUAAUGACUACUCCUAUUUAAAGGGGUUUUGAUCAGUCAUCACUGAAUGUACAAUGUUGCUAUUAAGUUCCAUGAUAUGCUGAUGUAUUAUUGUAGAAAAAAAGAGCCUAUUCUUAUUCUUGGUAUUAAUAAAAACACAGUCAUACUUUCAUGAAACAUCUUGA